GUAGCCGUUUCCAAGAUGGCGGCCCCCUUUGCCGGCGGCCCGGGCUCCGUCCGGGUCCGGCUGCAUUUCGACUACCCGCCCCCGGCCAGCCCGACGUGCGGGGUCUGCUGGCUGCUUCUGGAGCCGAGCCAAGUGCGCCUGGUGACCGACUUGUGCAGCCUCAUCCGGGAUAAGUUUGGCUUCAGCCGCCGCGCCAAGCUCAGCCUGUUCCUCGACGGGGCUCUCCUGCCGCCCACGGAAAGCGCGCGGCUCGUGCGGGAUAACGACGCGCUGAGAGUUAAAUUGGAAGAGAUUAUCAGAGGAGACAGUUACGAGGAAACCACCAAUGGUUUCACAGUCCCUUCGAAAAAAGAGAGAAAGCGACAGAGACAAAAGCUGGAGGCAGAGGAUUCUAACAGUGAAGACGAAGAGCAUCGAAAAAGAAAGAAGAGUAAGAGGAACUCUGAAAACUUUUCUAGCCCGGAAGAAAACAGUGCAAAUAAACAGGGUCUUAAAAAACGUAAGAACAAGAAAGAAAAUGUGAUGGAAAGAGAUACUGUUGCUGACAGUAAAAGUGACGGCAGCACUUCUUAUUCCAGGAAACUUAAAAACCAAGUCAAGACUAAAAGUAAAGGGAAGACGCAAGAGACAGCGAGCAAGGACAAAAAGCAGACACCAAAGACACUUGAAGCAAGGGACACUUCCCAGAAGACGCUUCUGACGAUGAAAACUACAGCUGCAAAACCCAGCACAAAGCCAGGUGGAACCUCAAGUGAAUCCUCUGCUUCAUCUGACAGCGACAGCAACGCUGGGUGCCCCAAACAAACACUAUCACAUAAAACUGAGGCGGCAGCCCAGCGCGCGCAGAAAUCACAGUGUGAGGAUUUUCCUGCUAAAGCCAUUUCUGCUUGUAAACUAGCCGCUAACCCUAAAGAUGGAAAUUCCGCAAAGUUAGUAAAAAGUCACGUGGCUGAGGGUCAGUCCUCUAGUUCGGAUUCCGAUUCCAGUUCAGGGGCAGAGGGAGAGCAGCCAAGCAGUAACCUGAAAUGUAAAAUGCAAUAUGACAGAACUGUAUAUCAGCCCGACUUGAAGACCAAACCAACUUCCUCUUGAGGGUCAGUAAGUUCGAAUGGGAACUUGCCCGCCAAGACCACCAAGGCAAAUACAGGAUUGGGCCAGUCCUUGAAAGGAAAUAGGGGCCAGAAACUUCCAGCUACUAGCUGUGGGCUCAAUGCAAGCCCCAGUGUUGCUAUAAGGGGACGUGGAAGAGGUGAAGUCUUGUGGAGAGGACCCAGGGUUCGUGGGUGUCAUGGGAUGGUCAGGGGCAGAGGGAGGGGAGAGAGGCCUUUCUUCUUCAAUUACAAUGGUGAAUACCCAAAACAGCAGCAGUUGAAUGAAUCAGCAACUAAUACUUCAGUUAUUAUCCAGAAUCUACCGGAGGUUCCAAAGAAGGACUAUAGUACACUACCUCUGUUAGCUGCUCCGCCACAAGUAGGAGAGAAAAUUGCCUUUAAGCUUUUAGAACUAACUGAAAAUUACAGUCCUCAAGUAUCUGAUUUCAAGGAAGGAAAAAUCAUCAGUUGGAGUCCCACAAACAAGCAAAUAGAACUUGAAAUGCUGUCUUGUUCAGCGGUGGCAAAAGAACCUGGAAAGUUUGAUCUGGUUUACGAGUCUCCAGAUGGAUCAGUAACGAUAGAGCGUGCAGUCUCUCAGGAUGAAAAGAUAACUGAAAGUUGGGAUGCGCUGAUUGAACCAAGACUUAUUGUUGAUCCUCCUAACAGUAAACUGACUACUGAAAAUGGAAAUCCUUAGGAUGCAAACUUGCUUGUUCCAUGUGUAAAUAGUCUGCACUGCUUUCCUCUUGGUUCUGAGCACAGCAGAUAUACUCUGAUAUUUUUUAAUAAAUAAUUUCUAAAAUUAAA